ACUAUAGAAACAGCCAGUGAGAGCGCAUUAGAAGCACUGGUAGACGAUCAUGUGUCGUGUGAUGCAGUGAAUACAAGGAGAUCGCCGUCUGGUCUUCAGAGGGUUAAUUUUCACUUUGAGGGGGAGUUACCGAAUCUGCAGUAACAUCAGAGCACAUUCCUCAGAGCUGCCAACAUCCCGGGAAUAAGACCUUCACCGUCAACAUCUCAGACCCCAUAUCCCGGGAAUAUACCUUCUGCACUACCGGACACGCGUCGACUCUGUUGUCAAGCCGCGUUUUCUCUGCCGGUUCGGAGUAUGCGAGCUCCAGGAUCCGCUCAAUGUCUUAACGUAGUGCGGGCACAGCUGAGCAUGGUCCACUGCUGAGUUAAGCUGUGGUGCACACACUGCAGAGAGGAGAGCAAGAGUGCUUCAACCGAUCCUGUCUUCACACUUGUUUUGCACAAGGCUGGCCUCCAAACAUGUCUGCAGAAGUGGAAUCCAGCACACCCACGGUCGAGCAGGCACCUUUCAAGACACCCUCCAAAAAAGAAAAGAAAAAGGCUGCAGCGAGCCCAGAGAAAACAGAUGAGUUCCUCCUUGCCAGGUUCAAAGGUAAUGGAGUUCGCUACAAAGCCAAGUUGAUUGGCGUAGAUGAUGUGCCUGAAGCAAGAGGAGACAAAAUGAGCCAAGACUCCAUGAUGAAACUAAAGGGCAAGGCGGUGUCAGCUCGGUCUCAGGGCAAACACAAGCAGAGAGUCUGGGUGAACAUUUCUCUCUCAGGAAUCACUGUUACUGAUGAGAAAACAGGGGCAACAAUACUGGAGCAUGCAGUAAAUAAGAUCUCCUUCAUCGCUCGGGAUGUCACUGACAGCAGAGCGUUUGGCUAUGUGUGCGGUGCGGAAGGCCAGCACCAGUUCUUCGCCAUUAAAACUGCACAGCAGGCGGAGCCUCUUGUCAUUGACCUGAAGGAUCUUUUCCAGUUAAUCUUCAAUAUGAAGAAAAAAGAAGUUGAGGGUUCAAAGAAGGAUGAAAAUAAUAAAGUGAUGGAAAAUGGCAGUGAAGGCUCACACAAUGACAGAAAAGGCGUCGAACAGCUGGACUUGUUUGGAGACAUGUCGACCCCACCUGACUUAAACUCUCCCUCGGAGUCUGAGGACAUCCUGUUGAUGGAUUUGUCCACUGAGAUAGACAGCAAUCAGAACUGCGUUAAAGGAAACCCCUUCACCUCAUCUUCUGUCUCCAGAGCCCCGUCCAGCCUCUCGCCUGAGAACCCCUUCUCUUCUCAACGCAACUUCUUCCCCGCCCCUAUCCAUGACCCGUUCAGUGAUGACCCAUUUUCCAAAAGUGACGACCAAUCAAUCAGAGACGACUCUGCCACAGCCAACCACAGCCCUAAUAACUUGUUUAAUGGUGGCCCUAGGAAUGGUGACUCUGACUACUUAGGCCAGCAGUUUGACCAACUCUCCAACAGGACAAUCAUCCAUGCUCUCAGUAAUGGCCAUUGGCCUUUAGAUGGCAGAGCUGCGGAAGCCACUAGCUGGACUCAGAAUACUGUCCCAGUUCAAGAGCAGAACGGACAUGGGAAAGCGAUGCCUAAUCCGUUUGUGGGAGGUUCAGAGAAAAUGCAGCCGGUGCAGAAUGGAGUGAAACAUGAGAAUGGAGGCAUAGAGCCACCUGUCAAUCAAACCAAGGAUUCGGUCAUUAUAAGCCCUCCACCACUCAACAUGAAAGCCGGGAGGGGCAGGAGGAGUGUAAAGUCCCCUUCCAAUGAAAAACCCGGCACAGAUCCAUUUGUAUCACCAAACCAAUCAGAAUCACCACCUCCUCAACCUGAGAACUGCCCUGUCAACUCUGUCAGUCUGUUCAGCGGGAGCCCUUCCUCCCCUGACACACUCACAGCUCUUGAAGGGUUGUCUCUACAAGCUCCACCUGCAGUCUCCACUCCUCUGUGGAAUCAGCCCCUCUCCUCCAUCUUCCCCAGCACCACCAGUGUCUCUCAGCCCUUCAAUCAAGCACCUGCCUUCUCCACUUCUCCUGCGCCUGCCUGGGGAAACAUUCCUGGAAGUUUUGGACCUUCAACCGCUACCCAACAGAUUCCUUCAUGGAACACCACCCCAGUCUCCAACGGAUCCAAUGGAUCCUGGACCCCUCAUUCAACCCUGGGGAACCCCUUCCAGACCAGCAUAUUUCCACCUAGCCUUGUGCCCGACGAACAGCAGAGUUCCAGUCCCCCACCACUGGUUCCACCUCGGGCAGUAGCCACCAAAGAAGCUCCAAAAGUGGACAGUAAUGCUUUUGUUGACCUGGAUCCUCUGGGAGAAAAGGAGAAGAGAGAUAUCAAGGACAUGUUUAAGGAUUUCCAGAUGGCUAAGCCACCAAAUGUGCCAGCGAGGAAAGUUGAACUAAAGAUUGGAGGCCAGAAUCCAUUCGACAACUCUGUUGGAAAAAAUCUGUUUGGCACAUCUGUACCUGCAACUAGUGCCCCUCCCAUAAAGACAGUGGGCUUAGAUCCUUUCAGAGACCCAUUUGGAAACCCAUUUGCAUGAUAGCCGGACAUCUUGAUGACUCCAUAGGGUCCAAGUAUGGAUCAAACACAAAUCACGAAACAAGAAAUUAUGCAAAAAACAAUUCCAUACCAGAUGUUUCAGCUUUAUAAUGUUGUGGUUAAGCUAAUGGAUACACAACGACAACCGCUUUUCACAGAGCACCAUUUUUAUGUAGCUUUCCCACUAAAGUGCAUCCUGUUCAAGAGCAGGUCUCUUAGCUCUGAUGUCACAGCCAAUGUCUGACAGCCAAAUGAAGUGUGUGCAACCCUCCUCGUUUUAUGAACCAUGAUCAUGGACAGGCUAAAAAUAAUCCAUCAAGUGCUGGUCUGCUGUUAAAACAUGUUUAUCCCGAACAAACAUGAAUCUGAGUGCAUUUUGCCUCUAAAUGACAACAUGAUGACAAUGGUUUUGUUUUCUGUACUAAAAGCACUCAGAAGCAAUUUUGUCAUUUUUUGCACCAGUAGACAAGUUAUUGUUUUUCCUUCAUUGCAGUAUUAUCUUGACAUUAUAUGUUUACUUUCCACAUUUAUCAAAAGCUUUAGGGCAUGACUGGUCACUAAUUUUGAGAAACAUUUUUAAGAACUGGCAUAUAAACUGAAUAAGAUGACAGAUUUUUGAAAUAUCCAAUUCAAGUUUGGACAUAUUAAAUGUCCAAUCACAAACCGACAUGAAGGACAGCAGAGAGACAGUGUAUAUAAUAUCUGUAGAGAUGCUCUGAUAUGAUAACUGUGCAAUCAACAUCAUACUGUACUGACCUGUUCAUUAUAAAAGAGCAACUGACUCUAAUCAACCUGUAUUUGAACUGCAUUACUUGCAAGAUGUUAUUUUCUUUGAUGUGUAUUCAGUGUUCUGUUAUUUGUGAGGUGGUGAGCUUGCGACAUUCACUAAUAUAUUCAGUAUGUACUGUCAUCAUGUCUAAAGUUCUCUCUUUUUGUUUUGACAUUGUAUUGAAUGAAUAAUCUAAAUUGCUACUACUGGCAUGUUGUCAGCGGUUCUGCAAAUAUAAACACCUUCAAAAAUAAUAUCUAUCCAUAGAAUAGGAGGAUGAUACUAUUUAAGCACAUUGUUUUGCGUGUAACAUGAUGAUCCAGAAUGCUUCAGGUAAUACUUGAUAAGAGCAUAUUGAUGUGUCCGAUUGAUCAAUUAUAUUUUACUACACUGCUCUUUAUUUUUCCUUUUUGAUAGGUGGGGAUAUAAUCAUUUUCCACCAGACAAAUUAUGCGGGAAAAACAUGAUAUUGAAAGGUUUAAAAGUGUAACAGAAAUGAAUUCAUCUCAGUGGAUUAAUGGAUUAGCAAAAAAAAAAAAAAAAAAGACAAUGUGUGUACUAUACUGACUGUAGUGAAUGCUGAAGCCUUGUCAAAAUGAACUAUGUGAAUUGUAUGCGUGUACAUAUAUAAAUAUCUGCUCUGUUAUGCACUAUGCCAUCUCUACCUUGGAUGCUAUAGAACUAAGGUGUUUAAAAAAAUGUAGUCGCUGCAAUAAACUGGAAUUUUAGUUAGUGGAAUAGAUUCAGAAUUGUCCUAUUUAUCUUUUGCAAAGUUUGUAUUCAAGUCUGUAUAAGACCAGUUGGAUCUACUUCACAAUAAAGUGAUGGCUGGCUGAAUGA